UGGAUUCUAGAUACAGGCGUUCUGACGAUCUAAACAUCUUUGUUAAUGGGAGUGAUGGGUUUCCAUUAGUAUUCAAGGAGGCACUGCCAGUCAAAUAAACAACUUUGACUAGAAAAAUGAACAGAUUGUGAUGGUUUUUAGCGUUGGGUUCAGAUGAACAUUUGAAAAAAGAUCAGCAUCGAUACUCAUUUGGAUUCAGAUUCAUCUUAUGUUUUGAUUCAAAGUAGUUAAAUGUGGUUUUGGAGGGCAAAAAAAAGAAAGAAAGAAAAGGAAGUCUUUCGAGGAGUUUCAGUUACAAAAUCAAAGACAACAUUAACUGCAUAUAGUUUGUCGAAGUGGAGAGUAAAUUAGGUGGAUAAAUGGUUUGCUCGGAAACCAGUGGAGUGAUAUAUAGAUCCAUGGUUUAAGAUGAUGGUUUUCUCGAAGUUGCAGAGGAAAAAUUAAAUCUUUUAAUAUAACGGGGUUCUUUUAUCAGGAUUUAAUAAGGUUUGUUCAUUAAUGGAAAUUGGAAGGAAAUGAAGUUGUAGCAUGUGAUAAUCUCAGAAACCUGCACAUGGGUAUUCCGUUUUCCAAGCUUUGUGACUGAAAAUCGAUACAAGAAAACCAGAGUUUUUAUUUUAUCAAGAGAAUCAGUAACAGAGGAAAACCCCAUUGAUUGGUGUUUGACAAAAUUUAAAAAACCAAAAACCCCUGUUUUUUAGGUGCCAAGGGAAAUGUGAAGUCUGAACUUAACAUUUCAUAUUGCUUGUUAGGAAACAGCUCAUUAUUGCUUAUUUGCAUCACUCCUCCACUGGAUUUGCAAUCAGGUAAUCUUCAAAAAUCUCAUUGAUUUUACCUGCAGUUACAGUUCUUGAUCAAAACCCAUCAAGUUUCUUGUGUUACAUUUCUCCCUCUCUCUUGAUUAUUAUCGUUAGAUCGAAACGCUUCUUUUAGGAAACUUCAUCAAAUACCCAUUGAAACUCCGUCAUCUUCUCUUUUUUCCCUUGCUUUUUUCCUUUUUAUUUUAUUUCAAGUUCAACAGUAAAGUGAAAGUAGAGCACUUUUAUUUCUCUAUUGUUGUUUCUUGUGAUAACAAAAAGGUGGUAUUAGAUAAACAAACCCUUUGAUCUUCCCUACUCAUUAAUUUCAUUUGCUUCAUAUCCCAUUCUCUCCCAUCUCUCUCUGUAGGUGAAUCAAAUGUUUAUGAUUACUAAUAUGAGAGGAACAGCUGAAAAUCAAAUGUGCUCAUCUUCAUCUUCUAGUUGUACUUGUUCUUUCUUAUCCAUGAGUUUCUUUAAACAUAGCCAACUCUAUUAUGUUGCAAUAGUUGUUUUAUUUCUAGCCUUUACAUGCUUUUCAAGAGCUUCAAUAUUAUCUAUUCUCUUUUCUUUUUCUGCAUUCAUUUUAUCUUCUCAUCUUCUGUUCAAUUUCACAAAGAAAAAACCUAGUAAUACAAUCAGCACUACACAAGAAAACGUAUUAGAAUUCGAGGAGGUUUACUUGGAACCAAAUAAGAGAGCAGCUCAAGUUGGAGGAGGUCAGAUUCAUGAUUAUUUAUUAAAUAAAUCUUGUGAUACAUCGUCGGAAACGGAAAGCGGCGAUCUUUCAUCGAGCAGUAACGAUUCCGAUGUUGAUUGGGCGUUCCGGCAUUAUGUGGGUCAGACUGCGAUGUAUUCCGACGAUUCUAUUUCAGACGACGAAAGCCUCAUCGAAAUCGAACUACCUGGUGGUCACUACAUGGGUGCAAAAGAGGAACCAAAUUUUAAUGAAGAGCCGCAAUUCAGUUUUGGAGUUAUAGACGAACCGGUUUUCAAAUUUGGCGCUAAAGGAGAAACCAAAUUUAGCAAGUACCAGAGCAAUGUACCUGAAUUAUUUCAAGAAUCAAUCUUUAAUCAAGAAGAUCUUAUGGAGCUAUUUGCAGAUAUUAAUGAGAUGAAUGAAGAGGAAAAUUUGAUUGAGAUUGAUAUAUCUAUGGGUUCCAUCAAGUGUUCGAGGUUAGAGAUUGCAGCUAGAAAUGAAUGUCCAAUUUCUUUUAUUUAACCCCUUGAAAUGUUUUUACUCCAAAUUAGUGUUAGGGUUUUUGGUUUCUUACAUUUUGGAGGUAUGGAACGGUUGCCUUUGUUUGGUGAGCUGGUGUUGUGAAGUAUUUUUACUUUUUCAUUGACCUCAUUUUCUUGUAAGUGAUAUAGUAGAGUAAAUUUUUGAUGGGGGCAAAUAUCGACGAGGGCAUGGGGGACGAAUAGGAUUUCGACAUUUGUCUUUCUUUUUCUUACCAUUUUUAGCUAAUUAGAGUCUUCAUAUUUUACACCGGAUUUACCCUUCUGCAAAUCUUUUAAUCUUAUGUGUUAUAUCUAUAAACCGAACUAAAUAUGAAACUUCCACCGCCUCCAUGACCACCACCAUCGCUGGAACCUCUGCCCCCUCCUGCUUUGA